AUGCCAGGAGUCAUCAUCGAGGCCUGGCGCGGCAGGAAGGGCCCAGCGCAGUGUCACAGAUGCCAAGGGUUCCGGCACUCGUCUGUGAACUGCCACCGCCCCCAAGCCUGCGUCCGUUGCGCCGAACCCCACCCCGCCAGCCAGUGCAAGCGGGACCGGAAGGAGCCAGCGACCUGCAAGAACUGCCAAGGCCCGCACCCCGCAAAUAGCACCGAAUGCCCGGUCUAUAAGCGGGAGGCGCGGAACAAGAAGGCCGGAGUGGCAGCGCGCACUGGCGCGCCCCUGCCAGCCUCAACGCAGCCCACUGCCGACACAAACAACGCGCCGCAGUCCCUCAUGGCAGCCGCCAAUGACGGAAAGCGCCCGCCAGCCCGCAGAAGGACGGCCAAGACGGGCCCAAAUCCCACCCCCGCGUCGCAACAGCAGCCCGAGCAGCCCUCGACCGCUCCGAUCGCCGCAGCGCCACAGCCGCAGCCCCCAACCGGCCCGCCCCCCACGCUCCUCGUCGCCGUCCAGUCGGGACAGAGCCCUGUCCCGACCAUCAUCAAGAAGCUAGCGGAGCUCCAACCCGCUGGCCACCCGGACCCGACUACCCUGACACCGGCUGACGUUCGCUAG